UCUGGUGGAGAGCCUCUGCUGAGCGGUCACCAUGUGGGAGUUCAGGUCAAUUAAUUUUUGGCGGGCGGUCUUCGCCGAGUUCUUCGGGACCAUGUUUUUCGUGUUUUUCGGCAUGGGUGCCGCCCUGCGCUGGACCACCGGGCCUCAUCACGUCCUGCAUGUGGCCCUGUGCUUUGGGCUGGCAGCUGCCACCCUCAUCCAGUCCAUCGGCCACAUCAGCGGCGGCCACAUUAACCCUGCUGUCACCUUCGCCUACCUGAUUGGCUCACAGUUGUCUCUUUUCCGCGCCAUUUUCUACAUAGCCGCCCAGUGCCUGGGUGCUGUAGCUGGGGCCGCCGUGCUGUACGGUGUCACACCCGGAAACAUGAGAGGAAACAUGGCAAUGAACACGCUGCAGCCGGGCAUCAGUCUGGGAAUGGGCACCACUGUGGAGGUUUUCCUCACCAUGCAGCUCGUGGUGUGCAUCUUCGCCGUGACCGAUGAGAGGAGAAACGGACGCAUGGGAUCUGCUGCCCUAUCCAUCGGCUUCUCCGUCACCAUUGGACAUCUGAUGGGGAUGUACUACACCGGUGCUGGGAUGAACCCUGCCAGGUCCUUCGCCCCUGCUGUGCUCUUCAGGAACUUUGUCAACCACUGGGUGUACUGGGUGGGGCCCAUGAUAGGAGGUGCAAUGGGCGCCCUUCUGUACGAUUUCAUGCUGUUCCCCCGCAUGAGGGGUCUUUCCGAGCGCCUCGCCACACUGAAGGGCAGCCAGCCCCCAGAGAGCGAGACCCAGCAGGACACCCGCGGGGAGCCCAUCGAGCUCAAGACGCAAGCCCUAUAAACCGGCCCCUGCCCCCCCACUGGGGCCGAGGGAUGAGGGACAAGGACCUGAGCUACGCCAACCCCACCUCCGCCAACGCCCCAUGCCUUCACACAACAUCGCACUAGACUAACCCAAAUACUCACAUCUAGACUAACACAUGACAACAUUUAUUUUCCAUAGCCACUGAAAAAAAAGAACUACAAACAGGUUCACAACCUUCAACCUCAACACACAACAAGACUCCUCUACCCCCCAGUCCUCACUAUUCUCAACUGGACAUUGUGUUUUUCCUAAAUGGUGACCAGAGCCUGAACCAGCAGCCGCCUCGUCUCCUCCCCCCCCCCACCCUCACCCGCCUGCUUCCUCCUCUCAGACGAGCUUUCAUCUGCGGCUCAGAGGAGCGUGGAAACCCUGAAGUUGGGUGGAGAGGUUUAUGGAGGCAGAGGGGAGGACAGAGGGGAGGAUGAGGGUGAGGCGGGGAUGUGGGUAUGAUAUAAGAAGGGUAAGAGGGCAUGGGGCAGAUGAGGCUGGAGUUAAGGGGUGGGGGUGUGGGUUUUGGUUAGGGUAGAGAGGGCAACACUGGGUUUGUGGUCGUUUCAAGUUGGGUUAGACCAGUGAAGAUGGGCAUGCUUUUCAUUAUUCAUCUGAAUUUAUCUCCAUUUUAGUUUGUUUUUCUAGGUUCAUUUUGUUUUCUGCACUUCAGACACAAGACGUGGAUGUAUGAUACCAUUAGAUUUUACCAGGGUUUCAAUAUUUUCAAUCACUACAUUUUAUCUGUGGGUUUGUGUUUGUGUGUGCGUGGGUGUGUGAGAGUGAGUGUGUGCAUGUGAGUGCGCCUGCCUGUGCGUAUGAGUGUGUUUGCAAGUGAGUGUGUAUAUGUGUGAUCAAGAUUGCAGAUACAAUACUUUUUAUUUUGUUUUAUUUUCAUUACCGCUCUCCUGUUUUGUUCCAUUAACUGUGUUCAUUUUGUCAUCAAUUUUUAAGACAUGAUGAUUACUCCUCCCCUCACUGUGGUAUUUGCUAUGAUAUUCAUUUUUACAUAAACCAUCUGCUUUUUUGUUCUGAACCAGCACAUCCAAAGGAAAUGUUGUAUCCAAGGCUUUGAGAGUAGAUCUGUUCACUGCAGAUCGCCUGUGCAAGCUUUACAUUGAGUCUCCUUUAUUAUUUGAUCCUUACUGGGAGCACAAGGUGUUUCAAUAAACAUUUCAAUGAUAAUAAACAUAAAAACUUGAUACGUGGUUUGAGUCUUUUUUCUUCUUUUGCAUUUUGUGGAGUUGGGCAAGGCCAAAAAUAUUAAGCUGCAGUUAAUAAUGUUGGCCAGGAGAGGGCGAAAAAGAGCUCACGUCACUCCCACGUUUAACAUUUAAUUAGUUCAUGAAUGGUUUUUGGACGAAAAAUAAUAAUUUAAGGUU